AUGUUGACUGAAGCUGCUCACUUGGUCGCCCUGGCCCUCUCCGGGGCAUACACUAUUCUUGCCUUCUACGCUGUCUUGCCAAGAUGGCCGCUGCCUCUCAUACUCGGCUUGGGGCUCUGGUGCUACCGGCAACAGUACUGGCUACGCAAUGACCGCAUUCACAACACCCUCCCUGCGAAAAGCUAUCCCCAUACUGACGUGCUCCUCGGCAUGGACUGGUUCUUCACUAUGCUCCAUGCCCUGAAGACGCAUGCUGUUCUUGAGAUGUGGAACGAGAUGUUCACUUCCAUCGGGCAGACUUUCUGGAAUCAGAGUAUUGGCCAGUGGGUGCUGUUGACGAAUGAGCCCGAAAACGUAAAGGCGAUGCUGAGCACAAACUUUGAAGACUGGGAGUUGGGAUCUUCCCGGAAGAAGUUGACACAGAUGGCGAUUGGAGAAGAAAACCUCUUUGCCUUGAACGGAGACGAAUGGAAGAGGGCACGCCAUGAUGUCAAGGGCAUAUUUCGCCGAGGCGAGAUCAGAGAUCUGCAGGGUGUCGAGGGCCAUGUCGAGAACCUCCUGACAAGAGUCGCAAUGGAGGGGGACAAGGUCGACAUGCAGAAGCUGAUGUACCUGUUUGGCAUGGAUGCCAGCACGGAGUUCAUGUUUGGAUACUCUACCGACACGCUCCUCCACUCUACCGCGUCAACAGAUGAGUUUGCCAGAAGCUUGGAUUACUCCCUCGAAGCAGCUGCGUUUCGCGCACGGCUUGGCUCGAUCGCCUUUCUCAAGCCCGAUCCUCAAUUCGAUGAGGCUGUGAAAACGACACGCGCCUUUGCAGAUGACUUUAUCAACCGCGCGAUGCUUAAUAGACACUCGCAUUACGAGGUAGAGAAAGACCAAAUGUUUCUGCAAGACCUUUUGGAGAAUGGCAAGUCUAGAAGCUAUGCCCGGGACCAGAUGCUGAGCAUGAUCAUUGCUGGGAGAGACACCACAGCCAGUGUUGGGAGCAGUUUGCUCUGGAAGCUUGCGAGGAGACCCGAUGUCGUGUCCAAGAUCCGAGCUGAGAUGAUGGCCCUGCAAGGGAGGAAGCCAAGCUGGGAAGACCUCAAGGGGCUGCGCUACUUGAAUAUGGUGAUCAAAGAAGCAUUGCGACUUUGGCCUCCUCUUACAACGAAUAUGCGCACAGCUGUGCGUGAUACUGUCCUGCCCAGAGGUGGUGGCCCAGAUGGACUGGCGCCAUUGUUCAUUCCGAAGGACACCCCCGUCCGUUGGUCGUCGUACAGCCUUCACAGGCGAAAGGACGUCUAUGGCGAAGAUGCCGACGAGUUCCGACCAGAGAGAUGGGAAGGGUCAUUGAGACCACUGUGGAGCUAUGUCCCUUUCAGUGGUGGUCCAAGAUUCUGUCCUGGCCAACAACUCGCCCUGACGCAGCUGUCUUAUCUCCUCGUCCGGCUUUUCCAGACAUUUGAGAGCAUCGAGCCGUGUGAUGCACUGCCAAUGAGGCUGAAAAUAGGCACCGGUUCGAGCCUAGUAGAUGGAUGCUGGAUUGUCGUAGAACGUCUUUCCAAAACUAUCAACGAGGAUCAUUUGUACGAAAUCUUUGGAACCUAUGGUCGCAUUACGGACCUGGAUCUCCCGAUUAACCGUUCUUCAAAUACCAACCGCGGCACGGCCUAUAUCCUGUUCGAGCGUGUGGAAGACGCCGAGUCCGCUGUUGCGCACCUUCAUGAAGCCCAGGUAGACGGUGCGACCAUCAAUGUUUCUAUCUGCCCUUUGGAGGUGGGCGUGGCGGUGGCCCUGCAGGACGUGGUGGAGCUGCUCGUCGGCGCCCUUCCCCUGGUGGUGGUCGCUUCGGCGGUCGUGGAGACGCUUAUCGACCAGGCACGCAUUCGCCUUCCAGGUCAAGCAUUGUCGGUGGAGGGCACCGGUAUCGAAGUAUCUCCCGAGGCUCUGUAG